CAAAUCCGACGCGUCUUUUUUCCUGUUCCUUUUUUUUUCAACUCCUCUUUUCCUCUUCCUUGUACUUCCUUCUCUCGCUUAUUAUUCACUUAUUCACUAUGGAUAUAAUAGAAUCGAUGGAUAUAUCCGAGAGUCCUGGAAGUCCUGAAAUUCCUGAAGUCUUUGUCAGCUCUAUCUAUGCAGCUACUUAUUCUUCCGUCACCGUCCUGGAGAUGUUAAUUCAAGAUGUCGCUGUCAUGCGAAGGAUAAAUGAUUCUUAUCUCAAUGCUACCCAGAUCCUGAAAAUCGCCGGUCUCGACAAGACGAAACGAUCAAAGAUAUUGGAAAGAGAGGUUCAUAUUGGCGAACACAAGAAAGUACAAGGCGGUUAUGGGAAAUAUCAAGGCACCUGGAUCCCACGUGACAGAGCAAGGGAACUAGCAGAGAAGUACCACGUGUUAGACUUGGUUCAACCGCUUGUGGAUUUUGAUAUGGCUUUGAUCGCGGAGGGCGGCACCGAUUGUUUGCCGACGAAAGAACAAGCGCUCGGGUGCCGAAGACGAUACAUAGAGGAGACAGAAUCAAUGACGGAUUCGCGUUCCCCAGGACCUCUUUCACCAGACUACGACUUUCCAUCGCCCACGUCCACCUCACCUCCUAAAACUGCACUCAAAACACCGGCCGCUGGCGCCCCUUCACCGGUUAACAAUGCGCUGGUUCGCGCAUCACCAUCGUCAUCUUUAACAGCACCGACCCCCAGUCAUAAAAAAGUGAAACUAUCCCCACCGGCCAAGGACGAUCCGAAUAUCAACGAAUAUCAUCGAAACGUUUUGAUGGCGAUAUUUCUCUCCAACGAUCCCAACCAUAUUCCUGAUCUGUUGAAAAAAUCAAAAGGGUCUUUGGAUUUGAAUCUCAAUCUGUUGAUCGAUGAACAAGGCCAUACAGCGCUUCACUGGGCUGUUGCCUUGGCACGCAUCAAGACAGCCAAAUUGCUGGUCAAGAAAGGAGCCGACGUAUGUCACGGCAAUUACAUGGGCGAAACUCCGUUGAUGCGCGGAGUCAUUGUCACCAACAGUUUCGAUAACGAAUGUUUUCCGCAAAUGUUAAAAGUGCUGACGGCUUCCAUUCCGGUGGUGGAUCAUAAAUCACGAACGGUGUUUCAUCACACAGCUUUAACGGCCGGCAUCGCAGGACGUGCUACAGCGGCCAUUUUCUAUAUGCGUCAAUUGAUUGAUACCGUGAAAAACGACAAACAGUUUGAUUUAUCCAUUCUCCUUCAAGUGAAAGAUAAUCAAGGCAAAACCGCUCUGGAUAUCGCCAAGAGUUUGAAUUGUACGGAAAUGGUGGAAAUGCUGGAAGCAUGUCAACCUGUAGAAGAGGAGAAAAUGCUGGAAGAUCAAGAUCCUGUCAUCGCCAUACCGCUGCCAGAGUCACAGCAAACAGAGACUGUAGCUCGCGAAAACAAGGCAGUAUCCCAUUUCAUCCAGCGAACAUACGGAUCAAGUCAACGCGGGCGUGAGAUUGUAUCAACUGUUCAAAAAAUUGUGGAUGAAUUGGAUGCGGAGCAUAACAAUGAGCUGUAUUCUCUGGACACUCAAUUAAAUCAAGUGCAUGAAGAACUUCGUCAGGUGACGGCUCAAUUGGAAUUGACAAGAAAAAAGCUCAAAGAACGACAAUCGGAAACGCAACAGCUUGCCGAAGCCCAUGCACGGAUCCAGAAGCUGGAAGCGACAAUACGAGCAGGAUGGCAUAAUUUGGACGUACUGAAAUUGGAUGACGGUACAGAAAGCGAGGAUAUUGACGCGUUAUUUACUCUGACGACCGAUGUGAGCGAGGAAGAUAAAACACCUCGAGAAAGACACCUGGAAAGACAAAUCCGAAGAUUGUUGGCACGAAUCCAAGCGUACACAAAGAAUGGACAAGAUCUACAAGCCGAAGUUGAAAAUCUGCGAGCGCAAUCAUCUGAAAGGGAGAUGCAAUGCAAACGAUUAAUUGCUAUCUGCUGUGAUCUUCCCAUUGAACAAGUCGACGAACUUAUUGAACCGUUAACUUUGGCUAUCGAGAACGACCCACCAGAUCUUGAUGUGAAUCGUGUGAUUGGUUUCAUGGAACGUAUGAAGCGUCAAAGUAUGUCAUCCUCAAUACCUGCCGAAUCAACCUCCGUCAAAGAUCCAAUGAGCACCCAACAACACAUCUAAAAGCCUCAAAAACCAACCCAUCAAACGAUUCCUCGUUUCCCUUUGUCUGUAAAAUAAUCACUCUUGUUCAUCUGUAUAUAUCCUUCUUCCCAAAAAGUCACCGCAUGAAUUUGAAAAUCAAAUAGAUUUCACCUUAUGCAAAUUAACUACCAAAAUGUCGGAAAUCAAUAUCACAAAAAAACGUAACACGCAUAGAAGGAGGUUGUAAACCGACCAGAUUUCUUUGUUGAAUCCAGUACCUCCUUGUAUACAAGCACGCUCUCAG